AUGCCUGGUAAUCUUGUGAGACUCAGGGAUAGAAAGAACAAAAGGCCCUUGAGCUCCAGAACACCAGCUGUUCCCAAGUUUCCGCCCGCAUCUCAAGCUCCAGGCAUCAAGUCGAUCAACCAUAUUGGAAGUGGCGCUUACGGUGAUGUCUUCCACUGUAGAAGGAACCCCGAGGAGGAUCCACCGCGAGCUCUGGCGGCAAAAGUCAUCUACAAACUCGACCCGGCGAAAGAAAGACCCGACAAGGUUGAGUCUUUCAACAAAUUUCUCCACCGAGAGAUCGAAGUCACCCAAACUCUCGAUCAUCGAAACGUCAUCAAAUAUGUAACUCACUUUGAUAACGAAAAGAACGUCAUUCUCGUCGUCGAGCAUGCGUUCCACGGAGAUCUCCUCAAUUACUUGCGACUUCACGAUCUUUCUGGCUACAACGACUUUCCAAGGGCGACGAAUUUUUGUGCACAGAUUGUUCGCGGUAUCACUUAUCUUCACCAAAGAGACAUUAUUCACCGCGACUUGAAGUUGGAAAACAUCUUGGUUGGAAAAAACGAAAGGCUGAUGAUAUCAGACUUUGGGUUUGCUCGAGUGAUGAGACCCGAGGACCGAUCGGACACCUACUGUGGCUCUGCUGCUUAUGCUCCUCCUGAAAUAUUGCAAACGAAGUCGUACUCUGGCAUGAGCGUAGAUAUCUGGGCUCUUGGAUGUAUGAUUUUCUGCAUUCUGACAGGAUCGAUGCCGUUCCGGGACUCGACGCUGCGUGAUCUGAUGGAAGAGCAAGCCAAUGGAGCUCAAGUCGGUCCAGAGAUCCCCGACAAUCUCGGAAUUCAGCCCAUCCUCAACGAUAUUUGGUCUUUCUACCCCGGAAACCGGCCAGAGAUUGAAGAUUUCCACGCGACCCCAUGGCUGGAGCGAUACUUCAACCCAGACGCCAUGGAGAUUGACUAG